GGCCUGUUUUGAUGAACUCCAGAUGACAAAUGUUCUGGUGUGGCUUGUGCUGGAUUACAUCUGUGAUGGAGUUUAUAUUCUGGAUACUGUUGUUCGUGUCCACACAGGGUUCUUGGAUCAAGGCUUGUUGGUGAAAGAUGUGCGUCGUCUGAGAGAAACCUACAUCCGGACAUUACAGUGUAAACUUGAUAUCUGCUCCAUCCUCCCCACGGACCUCCUGUACCUCACAGUGGGCAUGAGUUACACUCCUCUUCUUCGGUUCAACCGGCUCCUGCGACUUCCACGCUUGUUUGAGUUCUUUGAACGGACGGAAACACGCACAAGCUACCCCAACGCCUUCCGCAUCUGGAAGCUGGUCCUGUACAUCCUGGUCAUCAUCCACUGGAACGCCUGUGGGUACUACAGCUUCUCCAAAGUCCUGGGACUGGGCUCGGACUCAUGGGUUUAUCCCAACGCAUCAGACCCGGAGUUCGGCUCCCUGGCUAGAAGCUACAUUUACUGUCUGUACUGGUCCACUCUGACACUGACCACCAUUGGAGAAACACCUCCUCCUGUUAGAGAUGAGGAGUACCUGUUCUUGAUAUUUGACUUUCUGGUUGGAGUUCUAAUCUUUGCAUCCAUAGUCGGGAACGUUGGAUCCAUGAUCUCCAACAUGAACGCAACAAGAGCCACCUUCCAAACUCGCGUGGACGCUCUCAAACAUUACAUGCACUUUAGACACGUCAGUAAGGUGCUGGAGCAGCGCGUCAUUCGCUGGUUUGACUACCUCUGGACCAAUCAGAAGACAGUCGAUGAACAGGAAGUGCUGAGGAGCUUGCCUAGUAAACUACGAGCAGAAAUAGCCAUCAAUGUUCACCUGGACACACUGAAAAAGGUGCGUAUAUUUCAGGACUGUGAGGCAGGACUUCUUGUAGAGUUGGUGUUAAAACUUCGACCUCAAGUUUUCAGUCCUGGUGACUACAUCUGUAGAAAGGGCGAUGUGGGCAAGGAGAUGUACAUCAUUAAAGAUGGCCGCCUGGCGGUAGUGGGCGAUGACGGAGUCUCCCAGUUUGCCGUUCUGACGGCAGGAAGCUGCUUUGGAGAGAUCAGUGUCCUGAACAUCAGCGGCAGUAAGAUGGGGAACAGACGCACAGCAAACAUCAGGAGUCUGGGCUACUCGGAUCUGUUCUGCCUGUCCAAGCAGGACCUGAUGGAGGCACUGCAGGAGUUCCCUCAUGCCCGGGCCCAGCUGGAGCAGAGAGGGCGGGACAUCCUGCAGAAGGAGGGGCUCCUGGAGGAAGCCAACGUGUGUGUGGGGGAAGAGAUGGAGGAGAAGAUGGAGAGGCUGGAAAGCAGUCUGGAUCGCCUGCAGACCUGUUUGGCCCGUCUGCAGAGUGAGUUCAACUCGUCCCAGCGUMGACUGAAACAGCGCCUGACAGCCCUGGAGCACAGCGUUCCAGCAGUGGUGUCAGGCAGCGGCUUCCUGUCAGAGGCUGACGGCACUGAGAGCCUUCCUCCCUGUGAGGCCGUCCGCAGUGAAGUCAGCAUCAGGCUCUGAGGAGUCCUCAUCACUUCUGCAUCCUUCAGUUACCUGUCCUGUUUCAGAUCUGUCCACCUGUCUGCAAUUUAUUUCUUCUUCAUGGUUCAAAACUAAAACAAG